AUGACGAACAAGCAGCAGAACCCGAGUUCAAGAGGGCGACGGCGAUGUGGACCAGAGGCUCUAGAGCCCAGAACUCGGAAGAGGAUACGGGGGUGGGUCAUGCAAUCCGAGGAUGCCGUCACUGCUGAUCUCGCCCUACGACCCGCCAACCUGGAGAGCGAGCGAGCGAGGCUGCGAGAAAGCCAAAGGCCUACACUGUACGGAGUAAAGGCCAAAGCCCAGAGGAAAGUCUCGGUGCCUCCGGUCAAUGUCUCGCCGGUUAUCCGUGCGAGGCUCAUGCGCCGCUCAUCUUCGCCGACCGAUUGGGAGUCCGCUCCACCCGAAUCAUGGAAUCACAGAGACCGGCGAGCUAUUUUUAUGAUGGAUUCUGUCGCCCAGAUCUAUUCUCGGUGGUCUCCAGCCCGUAUCAGGCACCCUGCUCGAGCUCACCUGUCUCUCAUGUCCGUUGGCCAUGGCAGCCGUCAUCCUGCCCGUUGGCGGGAGAUAAGCGGAUUAGUCGCGACUCAUCCGGGUGGACCCUGA